AUGGGUGAUACGAAUGGACAAGUAGUAGCUGGUGGCAAUGGCGAGGAAAAUCGAUUGGAUCAAUUGAAUGGUCCAACCGAUAUGUUGAUCGACAAAGAGACAAAUAAUCUCAUUAUUUGUGAUCGGGACAAUCAACGAGUCGUACGAUGGUCUCGUCGUGGUGGCACAACUCAAGGAGAAAUCCUUAUCGACAACAUCUUGUGUUCUGGAUUGGCCAUGGAUGAUCAGAGAUAUCUCUACAUCUCUGACGUCGAAAAACAUGAAGUAAGACGAUAUCAAAUAGGAGACAAGAAUGGAACUAUUGUGGCUGGUGGCAAUGGCAAAGGUGAUCGUCUCAAUCAACUCAACUGGCCGACCUACCUCUUUGUCGAUCAACAACAGACUGUCUACGUGUCAGACAACAAUAAUCAUCGUGUAAUGAAAUGGAAUAAAGGUGCAAAAGAAGGAAUUGUUGUCGCUGGAGGUCAAGGCUUUGGGGAAGCUCUGAUACAAUUGUCAUAUCCUCGAGGACUGUUUGUCGAUACAUUGGGUACCAUCUAUGUGGCAGACUCGUUGAAUCAUCGAGUGAUGCGUUGGCCUAAAGGAGCGAAACAGGGCACUGUCAUUGUGGGUGGAAAUGGUCAAGGAGAAGGAGCAAAUCAGUUUCGCUUUCUCCGAGAUUUUAGAAAAUUUUAUGCUAAAACAAUGGAAGCGAUUUAUAUAUUACAUGAAAAAGAUAUGGAUGCUCGUUUUUGUGUACUCAAAAAGAAUAUUCAAAGUUUAUUUGAUAUUCAACUAUUAUCAUUAACAAUUGAUGAAACUGAAAAAUCCGGAAUACUUUGUUCGAUUGAAGGUCAAAUACGUCAACAUAUAUUUCGUGUUAUUAAUGAAAAUACAAAUACUAGUAGUCAUAGUUCAAAAUCUUAUUUUACUGAUUCAAUGUCUUCACUAUUAUCGAUUUCAACAUUAUCGAAUAAUACUCAUCAUCAUGGAAGUAAUAAAACUUAUUCUUCACUUAUUCAAACAUCACUUGAGAAUUUAGACAUUGGUUCAGAUUUACGUUAUAUUAAUUGUCUAAAUUUAUUAGACUUCGCAUUUGAACGUGGUCUUCAUAAAGCGAAGAAACGAUUAAGUCUAGCUAUUCCAUUCAGUCCAUGA